AUGUUUCCAAAAUUGGAACAAAGAAUCGAUGUAUCAGAUUUGCUGUAUAGCGUCCAAAAUAAUGAUCGGUUUCUACGAAGUUUAUUCAGAGAACUGUUAGAUGAUGACGAUAUCAGACUGCUCGAAAAAAAAAAUCCGCUUACGAAUGACGAUUGUGAAAAAGCGCUUUCUGAAAUUUUGGGUGGUGUCUCCAGUCAUAUGUGA